AUGACGACACAGGAGGGACUCCACUCUCACAACAUCACGGUGGCAUAUUGGCGACAGGUUGGACUCAGCUACCUCGGGUGCUCCCAGAUCUGUGCAAAAGCAGUGAGAGAUGCACUGAAGACAGAAUUCAAAGCAAAUGCCGAGAAGACUUCUGGCAGCAGCAUAACAGUUGUAAAAGUCAAAAAGGAAUAA